UCCUUCCUCCCCGGCACCAAAAGCAGCAAACACCCUGUUCGAUCAAGCGCGGCCUUGCUCCAAGAACUCCUACACAAGCACCAUGGCGGCAUCAGCAGCCUGCUCCUUCUUCUUCGACGCCGAGCCGGCAGGCGAGGCCAGCAUGCCAGCGCUGGACGCGUGCGCGCUCUGCGCCAAGCCGUUCGCGCGCGACAGCGACAUCUUCAUGUACAGAGGGGACACCCCCUUCUGCAGCGAGGACUGCCGCCACGAGCAGAUGCAGCUCGACGCCGUCUACGCCAGGCAGGCCGCCCGGCGGCUGCAGCGGUACACUUCCGGAGCAGUGGCGAGCCGUGGCCACCAAGAGACCAGGAAGGUGUCCGUCGUGAGCUGACCGGCCACAGCGCCAAGCUGCGCGCGUGGCUGAGAAAAAGUUUUGUUUGUAAUGGCUGGGAUCUGAAGAGCCAUCGAUUUUGGGAUGAUUUCGCUCCGGCGCUCUUGCCGGAGCCGGAGAAGGAUCCGGUACGCAUCACGUGCUGCCUGGCGAGGCACGACGCUGCGGCGCCCGAAGCUUCCUUCUUCCCGGAUGUAUGUAGCCACGGAGAGUUAAUUAAACAGCGCAGUAGCAAGGAACAUCUAGCCUUUGGGUUGCAGAAUGCAAUCUAGGGCAGAGAUCACCAUGCGUUUAGCCUAUCCGACCAAUCAUACUCCGUGUCAUCCUCUGCCUGAGUGUCCGGAAUUUUGAUGCUAAUGCUAUGAAUCAAAGCACUCGAGUUUUUUUU